CGGUUCAGGGUUGCCACAUCACUGGUGACCGUUGAGGAUGUUGCGCUCAACCUUGACCUACAUGUCUGUUUCUCGGUGCUCUGAGCUGUUUUCCAACCCUCACUUGAUCCUUUCAGAAAGUCAUCUUUCGUUUUCAUUAUUGCCCCGAGUGCCCAUUAGCUGUUUUCCAAAGGAAAUUGCUCUUUCUGAGAGAGUGCAGGAGCCGUGCAGCGAGACUCAGACACCAGACGCGUGAGCAUGUCUGCCACUCCCUGCUCCUGCUAUAUCAUUUGUGAGUCUUAUGAAUUAUGGAUUGAGCUGCAGAUCACCUACGCUGGUGCUCUACUGACCCACUUGGAGCACACAUCUGAAUAUUCUCUUUCCCCCACUCAUCAUAUCACGUGUGUUUCUUUCAGAUUCUGCAUUAUUAUAAUGAUUAUUUUCUGCCUCAUUUCUCUUGUCUUGACCUCUGUAAUGUAAUUCCAACAUGGCCAUCAGCCCACAGAAAUAAAUCGUUAUUUUUUCCGAUUUUCUUACCCUUUUUAUGGUAGAUCUAUUUAAAAACUAGCCUCUCAUUGAUACAUAAACGGUAGACUUAAUAUAGUUCAAAGUCUGAACUCAGUUCUAAUAUGUAUUUUGGCUCCCUCUAGUGGACGCCCUCUGCCAAAGUUCACAUUUUGCACCCUUAAGAAUCACAAAAAAUUGACAAAAAGCUGAUCUAAGUGUUGCAUGAUCCUUAAAUGACAGACUGUUUUAAGUGCAGGAGUAAGGUGUUAAAUUUAAAAGUGAGUCAAAUGGGGUUAUUACAGUUCAACCCUCAUGUCCCCUUCAAAGUUCCCCAAUAAGGUCAAGCGAGAGUCACUCCACGCAGUGAGACCCCAACUGCGCCAACAUCAACAGACUCUGAGCCAAAAAUCUGCGACGGAUUCUUCUUUAUAGUUCCCUUUCCUGCUUAUGAAUCGGCUGGCGCCACUAUCAGCUCACCACCAGCCACUGGUACUUUGACGGCUUCCAACAACAGUUUGGUCCAGUGCCUUCACUGUUGCAUAACCCCGAUGAAUGGAGUAUAAACAGACUCAUACUUGCCAAUGGGUAGACGUUCCUUCUCGUGUACCGACUCUGUUUACUCUUACAAUACUAUUGUGUUCCCAGCGCACACGUGCACCCAAACAGAAACCUCCACCACUUCAGACACAAAUAUACUUCCCAGAGUUUGGAAAAUAGAAGAGUCAGAGUUGGUCCAUCACUGCCCACGUCUGUCAGAAUUGUCUUAGCAAUGAAAAGUUGUCAAGAAGUUUAUAUAACUCCCAACUGGUCUGUUGAUUCUGCAGCAGCUCAGGGAGUGAGACGGGUGCUUCGUUUUAUGGGGGAAUCAUUGUUCAGGAGGGCACUGAGCCCCCUCAUAGCUGUCUCCCCUCACAGGCCGGAAUUAUCUUCACUCCACAAAGCACUCUCUCUUCUGCUUUUACGUAACCCCGUGCAGUAUCCCUCCAUAACACAUCAAUUUUGGAUUACAUGGGUGACAUGUUGGGGCUGUAACAUAUUGCCUCUGUGAUUUUAGCAAUCACAAGACUGAAGAAAUGCCUCUCCAACUCACCAAGACAGAGCCCCUUUUUCAACUAUAUUCCUGGACAGAUAGUCAAAAACAAACAUGCUACCAGUAAUCUUUAUUUUUAUUACGGGGAAUAUAAAUAUAAAACCAAAGUUCUUUGAUCUCAAUGGGGGGCAGGACAUUUUCAAGGGUUGUUGAAUCUUAAGGGACUGUUAAAUCACUUGACAGAUAUAAAUAUACAAAUGUCCCAGUAGCACCACAGGAAAAAUAAUCUAAGGAAGGCAAUAUGUUUUCCUGCUGGGCCACAUGUGAAUAAUGUGGUCACAAACUGCGUGUUUGAACCUUUCAGUUUAUGAGCCAACCAGCUGUGUGAGUAAAUAUUGCAGCGACCAAACUUCCAAUCAAAAUUAUCAAGACGAAAAUGUGAUUGGUAGACAUUAGAAUGGUCACUGUUGUUAUAAGUAUUGUGAAUAAAAGGUUAUUUUUUUAAGUGAAUCAAUUGUAAAGUAAUGUGUGUGUACUUGUUUAUCUUGCCUUGUGGGAACCAAUUGACAAAACACUGUUCUUGUGGGGACCUUAUGCCUUUGUGGAGACCAUUUGACCGGAGCCCACGAGAACUGAAAAACAACAACUGUCAUUAUAGUUAUAGUCAAUAUAGACUUCUGUGUACCUGGUUUAUCCUCAUUUGUAGGGAACAUAUAUUGUGAGGGCCUAAUGCCUUUGUGCGGAUCAUUUGGCUGGAACCCACAAGCCUUAGUUUGAGGAUGAAAACUUUGAAAUAACUAGGUCAUUACAACUGGGUUUAAGUUUGGUUGAGGUCCUGGUUAAGGUUAGGCAUUUGUUUUGGAUGGUUUAGGGUGAGAGGCUGGAGAAAGCAUUAUGUCCCAACAAGGAUAGCAAGACAAACGUGUGUGCAGACUGUGAUGCCAUUUAAAGCAAGGUCUAUUGUGAAGGGCGAAAGCCCACAUAUUGAUAUAUUAAAUGAAAAACAUGUGAAAAGAUGCAAUUGUUGGUGAAAAAAAUGAAUUUAAAACAAUAACUUGUGACUCUAAUAACGUGUAUAUGUCAUGACAUUGAGUGAGGAACACCACUACGCUGCUCUAACUGAUCCCCUGGGCUUCACCAUAAAUCACACUUAAACUGGUUCAACAUCACUGCGAAGAAGUAUUAAAAUAGAAUUCACCGGAUUGGUUUUAAUGAACAUUUUGCUGCAGCUUUGUCUGAUCCCUUCUAUUUUUCUAAAUCUCCGGGAAUGAUUUGGCAAAGCCUGGAACGUCUGGCCUUCGCUCAGCGACAGCUCUGUCCUCAGAAUGACAAUGAGCAUUAUGUAUCAGGAGGGAAGUGUCGCCUCUGACCACUGGCUGAGAACAGCGCUCCAAACACAUUAUUCUCUGUCUGUGUGCGAGAUUGCCUUUAGAUUACAUUUGUUUUUGUAAAAACUCUUCAGUCGUCGCAGGUUAUCACAAGUAUUCCCCUCUGUUUUUCUACUCAAACCCAAGAUUGGCGCGGUGAAAGAUGAAGUAUUGCAGGGAUUGUUGGGCGCAUCACGUUCACAACAGAACGACAAAAAUGGAAAUAAAACAUUUCACUCUUGUUUACUCUUGGUUGAGUCUAAUAAGCUAUUCAGACUCAGCAAAAGCUAUUGUCUGUAGAUUCAUAGAGGACAUGCAUUUUCCUUAUGUCAAAUGUGUGUUAACUACAGCAAUAAACGCCGCUGUGCUGCAGCGUAAAGUCCACCCUGCCUGGAGAGUCAUCUGCCAGAUAACUAGAUAAGCACGCCUGACCUCAAUUUGCCUGCAGUUCAGCAGGUCAUGUCCUCCAAGACAAUGCUCGGGUGUCACGGCUUCAGGAGAGAUUUCCUGAUAGCCAGAUUUCUCCUUGGAUUUCUGCUCAUUUCUGGACAUCUUUUCUGUAGGAGGGAGUGUUGUUCCAGUCACCUGCCAAAUAAACUAACAUCCAGUCCUGGCGGAACCGUUUUGCUAUCCGCGGUAUGUUAUUGAAGCUCGCCGAGAGAAUGUCCUGAGUCACUUUGGAAGCCGGCGUAUUCCUGGACUAAUGAGUGCUGCUGGGGGGCCAACAUUGCUGACAUUGUAGACCUGCAGACCUUUUGGCUUAAAUGACACAGAGAGUCCGGCAGCUUGUGUGUCAUGCAUUCCUCUGAGAGUGUGGGAAUCCCCUUUUCUAUAUUGCCUUUUACCGUCCGAACCUACACAUCAACUCUUUCACCGCUCAGUUGUGUUAUUAUAUAAGCAGCCUUUUCCCCAAAUCCGUCCCCUUCAGCCGGUCCCAUAACUCCCUUCGCUCUCUCAUUAAACCCCUUUAUUCAUGGCUCCCCCCUACCCCUCCUCCCGCCUCUCUCUUCCCCACUUCGGCAACCCUUUUUCCUGCAUUCAAUCCUCGCUCAGUUUUUCACUGUAAUUGGUUUGUUGACACUUUAAAGUGCACAGGGAGUCUUAGAAUUGAAACAGUAGAGCUAUAUUUUUGGGAGAUUUUGCCUUAGGUGGCAUUUAAAUGUCAAUUUCAAUCAUCCGCAGGGGAAAGUCCAAUUAGUUUUAAUUGGAAGUGGAGCUGAGGAUGGAAUUGACUUAAGGUCGCAUGAAUAUGAAAUUGCAUUUGUCACAGUGAAGUUAAAUAAUCACCGCAUCAUACUUGAUAUUGUUCCCUGUUUCACUUUGUAGCACCUCAGGUGCAGCAUUCAUGACACUUUCACAUCCACACACCGUCUUGUCGGCUGUUUACCAGUGUGGCAAACUUUGUUGUCUGCUUCGUGACGACUCCAAAAAUUUUGUGUUAGACAAAAAAACUCAAGAUAAGAUUGACCGACAUAGUACACAUGCCAGUCCUGUAGGUGGCACAGUAUCGCUUGGCGUCUUCUGGCAAACAAUGAGGAAGAAGUUCCAUUCUUCAUCUUAGCCUGUUGUAGGUAAAUUAUUUUCUUGCAUUGUCAAAUUUUCUUGGGGCGUGGCUGGUGGACAUUUCCGCCACCGACUGAUAACGUCUGAUACAUUUAUUUUUUUCGUUAUUUCGAGUCAAAAAAGGAUCCAAACUCAUCUGUCGCAACUGUCUGAGGUUCGAUACGUGAGACAAAAUUUAAAUGUAAACCUAUAAAACCUAUAAAACGAAGCAUAUUCACAUUCAAGUGGACGUGACCCUGUGGUUUACGUUACACCGACUUGGCAUCAUUUCUAGUGACAUCACUGGUAAAGCCGCAUCUUUUCUACAUCAUGUUUUGGGUUGAGUUUCUGCAGGAUUUUUAGCUCAUCCUGGGACACCCGCUCUCUCCAGCCAGAUCUUUGCGGGCAAAGUUUCUGAAUGAAUAUCAGUCUUUGUAUGGAAGCGCCUACAUGUGACUGUGUUAUUAGUAUAAUCUCUUUCCCUGUUCCAUUUUAAACGUCAUCUGGAUUGAGUGUUUCACAUUGCACAACGUUGUUAGGACGUUGUUGUAAGCGCGGUUCAAACGUCUCAGGACAGAAGGUCAUUCAUUAAAGCGUGUUCGCUCAGGAAACUGAUUGGUCCUGACAAUCACGCUGCGACCUUUAAAAGGAGGCAGUGGAAGGUGGAUUUGUCCCUCUCUUUUUUAGCCCAUUAGCCUCUGUUUUGGAUCAGAGCUGGCCUGGAAACUCCCGGAAUAAUAGCCCUCCCUUCCCCUAUCAAGCUUUCUCACAGCCCCUCGCUGCCUCUCGGUGACAGCUCCUGGUGGGCCCUUCUUUUCCUGCUCCCCUCACAUCCGUCCUCGGGGUCUCUACCUCGGUUUUCUCUGAGGGAUUUGAUGCACCAACAGUCGACUUUUAACUCUGGAAGUUUUUUAUCCGAUUAUCCACCUCAGCAGUUUGCUCCCCAAAGCUCCAUCAGACGGAUCGAUGCACCAGAGAAGUUCUUGUUUCCUGAAAACGCGACUCGUCCUUUGGAGUUUUGCUCCGCGAAGCACAUGCGUGCGUUCCGAAGGCUUAACCGGACACUUUGUACUUCAGAGUGUGUGCUCGCACUGAAGCGUGCAGGUGGGCUUUGAGUAGAACCGGCUCUGUGAACAAGCAGCUGCGGGACCAUCAAUCGUGAUAGGUACUGAGCAUCAUAUGGAUUCUGGAUAUUCAGCCAAGCAGAGUAUUCCUCUGAACUUUUCUCGUCAAGUGCUGUCACCGGAGAUGGAGGAGAUGCCCUGAACCAAGAGCUGCCUCUCAUGGCAGCUGUCUUUCCCACGUGCUCGGCUGUACCUGCUGCACAGGGGCGAGAAGUCGGAGCGAGCUCAGCUUCAGUUCAGGAUGUGCACUUGCAUCUGUCCACCAUGGAGGUCAUUCUCAAUCUGGUAACUGCUGACCCCGAUCAACCUCCCUCCAGCAGCACAAUCGACCGGCUGGAGGUGAGCGGGUUGGGUCAGACACCUCUGGCCGUGUCAUGCGGUGCAGACGGCUCAUUCACCAGCAGCGAAGAUGGAACUCCCGACCCGCAGCGCACGAAGCAGGCCAUCGCUCAGCUGCAGCAGAAAAUCCUGAAGCUCACUGAGCAAAUAAAGAUCGAGCAGACGGCCCGGGACGACAAUGUGGCGGAAUACCUCAAGCUGGCCAACAACGCCGACAAACAGCAGAGCACACGCAUUAAGCAGGUUUUUGAGAAGAAGAAUCAAAAGUCGGCCCAAACCAUCCAGCAGCUGCAGCGGAAGCUGGAGCAUUACCACCGGAAGCUGCGAGAGGUGGAGCACAAUGGUAUUCCUCGGCAGCCCAAGGAUGUUCUGCGGGACAUGCACCAGGGCCUCAAGGACGUUGGCGCGAAGGUGACCGGCUUCAGCGAGGGUGUGGUGGACAGUGUCAAAGGAGGUUUGUCCAGCUUCUCCCAGGCCACUCACUCUGCUGCCGGCGCCGUCGUCUCUAAGCCCAGAGAAAUCGCCUCGCUCAUCCGCAACAAGUUUGGCAGCGCCGACAACAUCCCCUCCCUCAAAGACUCGCUGGACGACCCCACGGUGGAGGAAGGUGUGACCGGGCUCGCUGGACGGUCUCUGGCCAGCGCCGGUCAUCACCUCCAGUCAAGUCCCAAAUACGGGAGUGAGGAUGACUGCUCCAGUGCCACCUCCGGCUCAGCUGGCGCCAUCAGCAUCACGGGGGCCCCUGGAGGCCCCCCCAGCUCUAAGGGCAACACACUGGAGAGAAGUGAGAGCUCUAGUCUGGACAUGCUGCUGCAGGAGGUCCAGGAGCUGAGGGAGGGUCAGGCACGGCUGGAGGAGAGCCUGGAUGGCUUAAAGCGAGAUUAUCAGCAGGACUACACUGUUGUCAUGCAGUCGCUGCAGGAAGAGCGAUUUAGGUGUGAGCGCUUGGAGGACCAGUUGAACGACCUGACUGAUCUGCACCAGAAUGAGAUACUGAACCUCAAGCAGGAGCUGGCCAGCAUGGAGGAGAAGAUCGCCUACCAGUCGUACGAGCGGGCCAGAGACAUCCAGGAGGCGCUGGAGGCCUGUCAAACUCGGAUAUCAAAGAUGGAGCUCCAGCAGCAGCAGCAGCAGGCGGUCCAGUUGGAAGGACUGGAAAAUGCCACGGCCAGGACCCUCCUGGGAAAACUUAUCAACGUGCUGCUGGCCCUUAUGGCCGUCCUUCUGGUCUUCGUGUCCACUGUGGCCAACUGUGUGGUCCCUCUGAUGAAGACCCGCUCCCGCUCCCUCUCCACCUUCCUCCUCGUCCUCUUACUGGCCUUCUUGUGGAGGAACUGGGACGCACUUUCAGGGUACACACACCACGCUCUGCAGCCACCGGGGGGUGUGGACUGAGCACAGCGCUCAGCCGAACUUUUGCCCAGUCUAGUUGCACACAAACUUGAUAGAGGAUGAAGAGUUUUAGGGAGGAAGAGACGUUUACAUUUUUACUUUAUUCCUUUGAUGCUCGGUUGCUAUUCCUCACACAAUGCACCGUUUUUAUCUUUUAGACUUUAAUCAAUAACGUGGCUCAUGAUUUUAUGUUGUAUCCUCAGUGUUAUUUUAUUCAGUACCAUGUAGCAAUAAGCUCCUCGGGCUCUACAUGAAGGAGACUGUGGUCCGAGAGCUGGACUGCAGAGACACACAAAUGUGAAAGUGUGAUUGAUUGAUUGUUGUCGGGAGGAGCUUUGCUGCGGUGGACUCGGCUGGAAAGCUCAUUUCUUGCUGUGAUGAAACGCUUUCAGACUGAAUGAUUUGAAGGACCGACCGUGACAUUUCACUGCCAUAAUGACCUUCCGUUCUGUUUCUUGGAGCACAGAUGACAUGAUUUAAAUUCAAAGUCCCCCUUUUUUAAAUGAAACAAAACGCUUGGAUUAUCUGUGAAAUUGGGAGUCCAGGGAGGGAAGUGCUCGCGGUGAGGAUAUCACCAGACAGUUUGUUUGUGUUCAUGAGUUCCGUCAGAACCGGACUUGCUUUUAAGAGCCUUGACUUAAGUCUAUUGUCCAAGUAAAACCAAUUUGCCAGGAUAAUUGCUUCCCCUGCCAGAGCCACCAGUGGUGCUUAUCCAGUCGCAUCUCAGCUGGAGCUGGAAAACUGCUGCUUCACGUCUGCCGCGCUGCGCUCGUCCUCCUCACUGCCAACACUGCACACGUGAGAUAAUAUUCUUUCAUUUCACACCCGCGCCGUGUAUUAUCUUUGUGUUUCUAUAUGAAAACCCAUUUUGGAGUGAGCUCACCUAGUGCCAAACCUCCGAGCCGCGCGGGUUUCUCCACUGCAAGGCGACGAAGCAGGGGGGAAGCGGACAGAUCCUGCUCAUCAUGGUCUGGAAUGAAUGUAUUUCUAAAGUGAUCGAAAAACAUUUGAGCUCUUUUGUGCGCCCUCGGCUCUUUCCUCUCACCUGGUGUGACCCUUAAGAAGUGCAUUUCCCGGCUGCACUUUAGCACAGAAAACAAGUGGGUCAGGUCCGGGUUCAGACGCGGAGGAAGGAAAAAUAACGUGACUCAGGUCAGACUCUCCUACCCUCCUGGAGAUUCCAAACCAGACGGUCAAAAUGUCUUCAGUCCUCUUGAGAUGAUCAUGCUGCUGUUAUAAAGGUAUUUAUUGAUUUUUAUUGUUUUAAUGAGACCUUCUUUGGUUCAGCGGUCAAAAUAGCUGACAGUCAACCUCAUGUUUCCCGUAUAGGUUUAUCUGAUAAACCACUCCAGUGCCUUCUGAUGUCAUUUUCUAAGUGUGGAAUAAAUAAAAACGCAUUCCCAACUCAC